GGCUGUGAUCAACAGCUCAGUCACCACAACCUCUCAACAACUCCACCUGAGGACAGACGAGAGAGACAACAGCUCAGCUCAGAGUCACUGCUGCACAACACAGAGGAAGACAUGGUGUCAAUCAGAGCUGCAGUGAUGGUUAUCACGGUCCUCGCCGCUUGUCUGCUGGCCACAAACGCAGCUACGGCGUAUCACGGAUGCUGUCGAAGUUACAUGACAGGCAAAAUACCAUUUGCUAAAAUCAAGGGGUACUCGGUCCAGGAUGUCACACAGCUGUGUCACAUCCCUGCCAUCAUUUUCCACACACCGAGGGGUAGAGCAUGCACCAAUCCUGCUCACAACUGGGUGAUGGUGUACAUCAACCUUUUAAGGAAUAAAGCACAAUUGGUUCACAUCAAGACGUCACAGGUGCAGAAAUAGAGUUAUUCUGCUAUUUGAAGAGAGACGGUGGAGCCCAAACUGCUUUCUGCCUGUUAUCCAGUUACCGAUGAUGUUUCAAUGAACUCCUGUUUGAAGCUGGUUCAACAAAACUGCUGAUAAUCAUUUUUUUAAAGUGCUAUUACACAAUACAAGCAUCAGCUCAGCUGUAAAUGCAUUAUAUAAUAUUAUUUUUAUAUUCAUUGUUUUUAUAAAAUGUUAUAUUUGUACAUGUUGUA